UUCCAUUUGUCCACACAGUCCAUUCCGUAUAGGAUUAUAUAUUUUUACAUGUAAGUGUGCGCACAUCACCUGUUUGUGUUUUUGCCCCUUUGAAAAACAAACAACUAGUGGUUGUAUUCAGUGGCUAUUAUGCUAUAUAUAUUGUAGUAAGGUCUUCAACAUUCCCUUCUCAGCUUCUUCCUCGUUAUUAUCCUCUUACCCUGUUCUUGCUGUGUGUGAGAGAGAGAUCAAGAUCAUGGGGAAUUGCCAAGCCAUUGAUACAGCAACACUAGUGAUACAGCAACCAAAUGGGAAAGUAGAAAGGUUAUAUUGGCCUGUGAGUGCUAGUGAAGUGAUGAAGGGUAACCCUGGUCACUAUGUUGCUCUUCUCAUCUCUUCCACCACAUUGUGCACUUCCAAAGACAACAAUAACAAUAACCAAAAUGCCCCAAACAACAAUAACAACAACAACCACCCUGUUAGGUUAACACGGAUCAAGCUUCUCAAGCCAACAGAUACCCUUGUUCUUGGACAAGUUUAUAGACUCAUCUCAGCUCAAGAGGUUAUGAAGGGUCUGUGGGCAAAGAAACAAGCAAAGAUGAAGAAAAACUUACUAUCAGAAUCAGAUCAAGUGGUGAAGUUGAAACCUGGGUUUGACAUGAACAAGGCAGCAAGGAGCCUUGUUGAGCAGGAGGACAAACAAGAAAGUAAUAAAGGUGAAAGACAUGGGUCAAGGACAACAACAUCAAGUAGUAAUGGUGGUAGUGGCACAACAACAGCUAAGUCAUCAAGAACAUGGCAACCCUCUUUACAAAGCAUCUCUGAGGCAACAACCUGAUCUAUCUGUUCUUUGAAUCUUGCUCACAUGCAGUGAGGGACAGACAGAGGAGCAAUUUCAGGACUCAAACCAACCAAAGAGACAAAUCUUGUUUAGUACCUCCAUGAUUGCUUAGAUCUGUUCAUAAUUUAAAUAUAUAGUACAUUCAGGGAGAGGAGGGUCCAAGAAUCAACUCAGAGAUAAUGCGAAAUUCUCUUGCUCUUGGUUCAUGCACAAUAAUAUUAAUAUUAAUAUUAAUAUUAAUGAUGAUAAUAAUUGUGUAUAAUAAAGGUUGACAUAUGGAACAUCAA